UUAGUUGAGCGUGGGUUGCUGCGGAGCAUUUGUAAAAAUUUUCCAAGAAAAAAGCAUACGGUGACCAUUUCAUUUUUCAUAAAGAAAACAAAAGAAAGUCGACGAAGAGAGAGAGAAAAAAAAUAGAAACGAUAAAAUCAAAGAAAACAGAUUUAAGUUAAUUUCAAACUUCUCUUGGGAAAUUUCUUGUUGGUUGGCUUAUUUUUUGUGUCUUGAAAAAAAAAACAGUGCUAAGAAAAAGUUUUAUCCUUGAAAUUAAGAAAAAGCAACUGAAGAAGAAAAAAAAAACGCGUGCAAUGGUAAUCGGUAGCAUGGACGAAAUUACAUCGCUCUUCGAUGAAGCGGAUCCAUUUAAGUCAUGGUGGCCAGCAAUUGCGGCCGCUGUGGUCGGAAUUAUAAUAGCUGUGCGAGCCAUAAUGAGCGGUCAACGCUGCCCCAAUGACAAUCAAAUCAGAGAUCAAAUUGUAAUUGUCACAGGCGCCAAUACGGGAAUAGGUUUCGAAAUUGCCAAAGCAUUGGCUGGUCGCGGAGGCCACGUCAUAUUGGCAUGUCGCAACAUGGAAGCUGCUGAAAAGGCAGCUGCAAUUAUAAAACGUGAACUUAGCUGUCAGGUAUUGAAGGAUACACAAAAGACUGCUGCAACAAAUGACAGCACAAAGGACCUGCCGACGUCGUCGUCGUCAUCGUCAUCAUCCAGCGUUAAUAAUGACACCGGUGCUACUAAUGGUAAUGGAAACGAUGCCGAUACGGAUGGUGGUAAUAUGUUCUUUGUCGAAGCUCGUUACUUAGAUUUACGUUCCUUUGACAAUGUCCAACGGUUCGCACGCAAAAUAAUGGCCGAAUUCGAACGCAUCGAUAUACUCAUCAACAAUGCCGGCAUCAUUUUCGAUCCGGUAAAAACCAAUACCACAGACGGUUUCGAACAGCAUCUACAAGUCAAUUAUAUGGCUCCGUUUUUACUGUCACAUUUGCUGCUGCCGCACCUGAAGAAAUCUCCAAAUGGACGCAUAAUAAAUGUAUCGGCACAUUCCCAUGUCUCGGCCAAAAUGGAUUUUGAUGAUCCAUUGAAUGUGGGAACAUGGGCGACUAAAUUCCAUGCACGUGAUGCCUUCUCCCAUUCCAAGUUGGCCGUGCUGUUGGCAACACGAUGGAUGGCAAAGGAAUUGAAAGACACUUCCAUUACCGUGAAUUGCUGUACACCCGGUCUAGUACGUGGUACUUCACACCUUCGCAGCUCACCACUUAUGUCGGCCUUUUGUGUUCGAGUCAUGACUUAUCCCUGGAUGUGGAUGUUCAUGAAGAACCCAUCGCAGGGUGCACAAUCCGCCAUACGCCUGGCCACAGAUCCCAAAUUGAAACAUGUAACAGGCGAAUAUUUCAACGAUUGCGAAAUUGCAGUCUCCUCACCACUGGGGCAAGACAAAGAACUGGCCAAAAAAUUAUACCAACAAACCAUGCGAAUUUUGAAGAUAGCUACCAAAUUGGAAAUUGAUAAAGGAGAAGAGAAGGAGAACGAAAUUCGAAUAGCAUCUGCAGAGGAAUCAAAGGCGGCAACAGCCGCAACCUCAGCAACACCAACACCACCACCCCCAUCAUCGUCGUCGGCGUCGUCAACAUCUGCAGACACAUCAAACAUUCAGCAGAGAUGGUAACAGAAACUGCGACAAAAACAACAACAACAACACCAACAUACAAUCUGCUUUUAUUGGUUAGCGUCUUUUGCGGCUAAUUCCUCCAACCACCGACAGACAACAGUCAGACACACAGAGGAUGUAGCUGCUGCAUGGAUGGCUGGAUGUAAUGUGAAAGUGAACAAUGGCGCAGAAUUUAAUUAAAGCAAUCAUCUUUAUGGAUUUUUAUUUACAUAACUUUCGUAAUCCUUUUAUGUCUUUUCGUAUUUUUUUUGUCUUGUUUGUCAUACAUUAAUAAAUAAUUCAGUGCGAAUGAAUGUUC